AUGCUGGCUCACCCGGGCGGGGUCGGGGUGGUCCGAGCUUCGGUGGCCAGGGAGCCCCUCUUCACCUUCGGCGUCAUCGCCGACGUCCAGUACGCCGACAUACCGGACGGCCGCUCCUUCCUCGGCGUGCCUCGGUACUAUCGCCACAGCAUCACCGUGCUCCAGAGGGCGGUCCGCAGCUGGAACAGCCACAAGGCCGGCGUCAAGUUCUGCGUCAACUUCGGCGACAUCGUCGACGGGUUCUGCCCCAAGGACCGGUCGCUUUCAGCCGUGCAGGCCGUCGUGGCAGAGUUCGACCGGUUCCACGGCGGCCCGGCGUACCACAUGCUCGGCAACCACUGCCUGUACAACCUCCCAAGGAGCGAGCUGGUGUCCGUGCUGCGGAUGCCUGGGCGCGCCUACUACGACUUCUCGCCGUGGCCGGGGUACAGGUUCGUGGUCCUGGACGCGUACGACUUCAGUGCCGUCGGCUGGCCGCGCGACCACCCUGUGGCGGCGGCGGCCAGGAGGUUCCUGGAGGAGAGGAACCCGAACUCGGAUAAAAACAGCCCGACCGGGCUGGCAGGGGAGGACCGGCGGUUCGUGAUGUUCAACGGCGGCGUGGGCGAGGAGCAGCUUCGGUGGCUGGACGGCGUCCUGCGGGACGCGUCGCGGCGCGGGGAGACCGUGGUGGUGUGCAGCCACCUGCCGCUCCACCCCGGUGCGGCGUCCCCCGCGGGGCUUAUGUGGAACUACGAGGAGGCGCUGGCAGUGGUGCACCGGCACGGAUGCGUCGCGGCGUGCCUCGCGGGGCACGACCACAAGGGCGGGUACGCCGUGGACGCGUGCGGCGUGCACCACCGCACCCUGGAGGCCGCGCUCGAGUGCCCGCCAGGCACCGACGCGUUUGGCCACGUCGAUGUGUUCCCCGGCAGGCUGUCGCUCGCCGGAUCCGGCAGGAUGGCGAGCACCGACAUGCUGCUCACCCUCCCUCGGCUGAGCUAG